AUGGGCCUGGCAUUGCAUAACAGCAGUGAUGCACUAGAACUUCUUUCACAAGACCUGCCACAGGUCGGCCGUCUGCGUCCUGGAACACAUUACAGAGGCGCAUACCUCCGUGUUGACGGCACCCUUUCAUUAAGUCGAGAGCACGCACAUCAGAGGCUCCCCCUACUCGACCUCAUCCUCCUCCGCAACCACCAACGGGAAACAACACAACGGCCCCGGCAGACCCGCCGCCGUCACCAGCAGCAAAACCGGUCCAUUCAGCAAUGGCGAUACGACGAGGCCGCCGAGGGCCGCGCGCUCGCGGCAAUCGCGAGCGUUAGGCUCCCCGGCAGCAGCUUGUGCCCCCAACGCCGCCGCACGCCAUCCCUGGAACGGCAAAACGCCUUCUGUGAACCCCGUAAGACCAACAAGAGCCGCAUGGCCCAACGUGCGGCGCAAGAGGAAAAAGACAUUGCGGAGUUGUACCGUCUCGGUCUCCUUUUCGACGACGAACAUGUCCGCGGUGAGGAAUUUGAACUGCAUUCAAUUGUUCACUCCGAGCCUGGCUACACCAUGCGUCCUGCCAAGAAGGCGCACAAGAGCACAGCUCAAGAAUACUCCUUUGAAGAUGACCUGCAGUUUGCGCUGGAUCUCUCGCUUGCCGAGCUCGGCCACGAUGAGUCCUUUGCAAGCUAUCUUCUCCCCCCUGGUCUGGACGAGAUCUCGUCCGCGGACGAAUCAACUGAUUCGUCGCCCUCACAUUUCAUUUCUGAGCCCGUUAGCUCGCCACAUUCUUUAAACGACGAUCUUCCCGACUUGACGACAGAUUCUGAUUCCGACCACGCUUCAUUGGACUCUUCCUCCAUUGACGAGUGUUGGACAACACCCCACUCGAAGGAUGGAACAAGUAGGAUAGGUGACGUGGUAGAUCACGAUGUCUCCGACGAUGCCUGUAUAGGGCUGGGUGACGGCUCGUAG